UAAUGGCGGCAAUCAGCGAGUUAUAGUGGGACUGCGGCGGGCAAUCUUACACUGGGGGAAACUAACUGCCAUUGUCAUCCCCAGCUAAUAAAAAGCACUGAUACUGUACUAAUGGCACUGGACAGGAAGGGGUUACCAUCUGGGGCAAUCAAAGGGUUAACUGUGUGCUGUGUGUGUUUCACAUUAUGUGCUGUGAUUGUUUUAUUAUGUAAGCAUGCUGCUUUGUAUUGUUAUGCCAUGCACAGCAAUACAAAGCAGCAUGCUGAUGCUGACAGGGGAGAGAUCUGUAUUGUUUACAUACAGACCUCUUCCCUAAAUGCAAAAUCA